AUGGACGACAUGGCUAUUGAACCCACCCUUGCCGCUUUGGCCAAGAAGACGAACUGCGAAAAGCAGAUCUGCCGUGUGUGCUACGCGCGCCUCCCGCCGCGUGCCACCAACUGCCGCAAGAAGAAGUGCGGGCACUCGAACCAGCUCCGCAUCAAGAAGAAGAUCAAGUAAAUGAGUUCGCCCCAUUCACUCGACGCUUGCGGCGUCUUGCGCUACAAGACGAUCUCUCGUUGCUGUCGGUACGAUCGCGCGCCGCGCGUAAUAUACGACACUGAUCUUUUCCCUCGCC